AUGAUGAGCUGGACGCAGGGCUUGCGCAGUACGCAGCGGGUUCCGAUACAUGCAGCGGAGCGCAAGCGACCGUGUCAGAGGAAACGCGUGAGCUCUUCAGCUUCCCGUCCUCGUCAAUUGGCAUCGUGUCACCUCCGACAGCAAAUUCGAAACACAUUCCUUUUGGCCAUGGCUUGGAAGCGGUGGAAGGAGACCCUGCGCAUGUCCAUUCCAGCUGCGAAUUUCGGGCUUUGGCAGCUGUUUGCUGCAGAUGCCCCUUCCAUAUGCGAAGCCUCUCGAAUUGCGUCCAAACGGGAGCAGCGCGCGGCUGCUAGAUUGUUGGGCAUGAUCCUGCGGGCACCGGUUUCCAAAGCACAGGGUGCUGCCGUUCGCAAAUGGCAGCUGGCAGUCAUGGGAAUGGGUGAGGCAUCCACACCACGCCCGCGACGGCAGUCUUCUGGCGAGGAGCCAGGCCUCACUGCAGCACUGUCAGCCAUGAGAGCCUCUGUGAAGAAGGUUGGCCGCGGGAGCAAGACCCCGGUUACAAGCCUCGCUGGCCAAGUUGAAGCCGCUCAGCGUGGAGAGUGCGGGAGUUGGGGGAGCACCACAACUCCGGAUGGGGCCGAGGCAAGCUACAGGCAGCUGCUACCGGCCAACGGAGGCGAUGUCGCGGCGCAGCUAGCGCGACAGUUGGCAAAGGUCCUGCAGUCUGCAGCAGCGCGCCAGAGAGCCUCCGCCUGGGAGCGUUGGCGAACCCUUCCAGUCAUUGUUCGAGCUUUGUCCCGGGAGCGCCAGAGGCUUGAGGACGAGUGGCGAUCCUGGGUGGGGGAGGACAGAGCCCUUUCGGCAGAGCUGGCGGCAGCCGCUGAGAUUGCAGUGGAGCAUGCAAGGUUCCGUGCACUUGCUACCCUCGCUGCCACAACAACGGGGGCAUCAAGGUCCGCACUGAGGCGACAGCUGCAUCGAUGGCAUCGCCAGGCGCGCCAAGAGUCUUUGGAGCUCAAGGCAAGCAGAACGUGGCUCCACCGCAGGUUGCUUAGCUGCUGGACUUCGUGGAAGGCAUGGCUGAAAACUCCGCCGUUCCGCGCCUCACAGCUUUGCGGCGCCUGCUUUGUCGAGAGAUCAAUCGGCAAGCUGGUUCAGAAGCAAGUGCUACGAGCUGUCCAGCAGCUUGCAUCGGCAUGUCUGAGACCGUCGGAGGUCUCCGAAUACAGAAAGCCCGAUCCUACACGUGCGGCCUGUCCACCACCGACUGGGGAGCUCAGGAUGCUGGAAGGGGACGGUGUGGAGGACGAGGCGGCUUUGGCAAACCGUGCCGACCGCUUGAUGAGGCUCAAGGUUCGACUGGCGUGGCAUGCCGACUUUGCGCACCGCUGCUUCGGGGCAGCAAGUAAACUCCCUCAAGCUCCCCAUUCCCGCCACAAGGACUCCUUGGUUAGCUUGAAGCAGCGCUUGGACAGGGGGGCCGGCUGCUUGCUGGAAUACACUUUGGCCUCUUUAUUUCGUGGGCAUCUUCGCUGGGCCUUGAAUUCGCUGCUGUCUGCUGCGGCCACAUCAGCUGUACAGAAGCCAAGGCAUCGACUUCUUCCUGCUGCAGCUCCUGCGCUGAUAUGGGCCUAG